CCCCCACCUGAAGCAAAAGCGUCUAUUCGUCCAGCUCUCGCACUUCGAAUUUAUACCAGUCGCCAUGUCGGCCCCGGCAUCCUCUUCUCCGUCUUCCUGCAAGGUGAUGCUGUCCAAGCACGUCGCCAAUGUCCUACUCCAGGAGGUCCAGGAGGGGCUGAAGACCCUCGAGAAGCCGCCGCAUUUGGUUGGCUUCCUAGCGAACAAUGACCCUGCUGCGCUGAUGUACGCGCAGUGGACGCAGAAGACCUGCGAGGAACACGGCUUCAAGUAUUCCCUCCGUGAAGUCUCCCGCGACGACAUCGAAGAGGCCAUCAUCUCUGCCAACGCCGACUCGGACGUCGACGGCAUUAUCGUCUACUACCCCAUCUUCAACAACCGUCAGGACCAAUACCUGCAGCAGAUUGUCGAUGUCGGUAAGGAUGUCGAGGGUCUCAGCCACCGUUACAUCUUCAACAUGUACCAGAACAUCCGCUUCCUGGACCCCGAAACCAAGCGCCAAAAGUGCAUCCUGCCUUGUACCCCGCUGGCCAACAUCAAGAUCCUCGAGUAUCUCAACAUCUACAACACCAUUCUCCCCUAUGGUAACCGUCUGUUCGGCCACACCAUCUGUGUGGUGAACCGCUCCGAGGUCGUUGGCCGCCCAUUGGCCGCUCUGCUGGCCAAUGACGGUGCUUGCGUGUACAGUGUUGAUAUUACCGGUGUGCAGAAGUUCACUCGUGGUGAGGGUCUGAAGAACCGCCGGCACGAGAUUCACGAUAUGGAGGGUGCUACUCUGAAGGAUGUCGCGCCGCUGUGUGAUGUUGUCAUCUCCGGUGUGCCCGGCGACAAGUAUAAGUUUGACACUAGCCUGCUCCGCGAGGGUGCGGUGUGUAUCAACUUCUCGAGCGAGAAGAACUUCGGUCCCGAGGUCAAGGAGAAGGCCUCCAUCUUUGUUCCUUCUAUUGGCAAGGUCACUAUCGUCGUCCUGCUGCGGAAUCUGCUGAGACUCAUCCAGAACCGCCGGGUGGACAACGUCCAGCCUGCUGCCGCCACCGAGCGACCGGGCACUCUGGAGGCAUCGUCCUAGGAGCCAAAAUCGAAAUGAUGGAUGUCACGAGGUCGUCAUGUCUGAAAAAUUAUCUAUAUAGAAUCUUUUGUUUUUAGCCAUUUUGAGUACACUGGGGAAUGUGAUCGCUCCAUUCUCGCUGUUAUUUUUCAUACUUGUUGUAUAUCCUUCCAAACCCAACGCAUGACUACAGUGGAGCAAGACUGAAAUAUUUCCUAAUGAUCGUGAGACUGUCACAUUUGACUACGACAUGUAAACCUGCCCUCGCUUUUCAAAAUGCAUUUUUUUGGCCCUUCAAUUGGCACUCGCACAUGACCAACAGCCAAAAUGAGAUUGAUAUAUGAGAUUCCGAUCCAGCUAGAUUCCUCCUACCGUCUUGCUAGCACUUCCGGUGCUAUCCUCUUACUUCGAAGCACCUCCAGUUUUCUUCUCGUUCUCCUUGGCCGCCAAUCUCAGCACGUCAACCUCACUGGCCAACCAGCGGCGGUAAGGCUCUGGGUGGAAGACACCGUCGGCAGAGAACCAGUUGGUAAAGGGUGCUUCGAACUUCUUGUCCUGCAAGACUUUGCCGGUGGGCGAUUUGUAUACCACGUGUAGCUUGUAUGGAACGGAGUGCUUCUGCACGGACGAGGAGAUGGAGAUCUAUUUGCGCAGAGAUGUUUAGUCGACUGCAUUAAGGGCAAGGUCUCUGCUAAAAUUUGCAGGUCAAAGAACCAUUGUAUGCACUUACAGUCUCUCCAGUCGUGCGCUUUCCGUAAAACACCUCGCCAGCCUCGACGGCCCAGAUCCAAAAUGUCAACGCGCUGUUGAGGAUAAAGUAUGACACCACGGCAGUAAUAAUCCACGGUGACGUGGUCGCCUCCCAGCCUAGUUUGCGGUCCGCAUAGAAGGUGAAACCUGCAAUUGCGACGGCGCUGUAUCCUAGCACGAAGCGGAUGUUGCUCUUGGUAUUGUCUACCGAGAAGGUGUAGGGUGCAGGAAGAUUCGUUAGGUAGGGGAGUAGAGCAUCAUCGCUGGUUGACUUGAGG